ACACCCCUUCAAAGCCUUCUGCAGAGAUGGGGUAGGGAGUUGUGUUCUUCCACAGAGGAACAUGCUGAAAGAGUCCCGUAACGGAGCAGUGACUCCAUCUGAGGCAGAGAGAGCUCUGCAAAGGAUUCAGAAGUGAUGGCUGAGAAGACCUACAUUUCAAUUUCACUACCUCCCAGAGAGGCAGGAAACGAUAUCAGCAGGGCGGUGGCAGGAGAAAGUCAGAGGCCCAGUACUUACCCUGUGACACAAGUGAUCUUGUCAAAUAGAAGAGCUUAAGUCAUGAAGAGAGAAAGUCCAGUUUUCUAGAGGAGAGGGAAACAGCAGAGACAAAGCUGGGGCACCAGAAGGGACACCACUAGGGUCCGCACUUGGGCGGACACAGAGGAAACACAGCUCAGAAGGGAAGGAAGAGAUUCCCUGGAAAGGAGAGAGGUGGUCACAAGCGUUGGGCAGCACAGACAGAUGGAGAGGCCCUCAGGCGCAUCCCAACAUGGAGGCUCUUCCUGGAAGGAGAUCUUGAUCACAGCCUCCUUCUUCAGCUGCUGGAUCCAGCCCCAGUCUGCUCAAGGCACUCUGGUCAGUGUUGUGCCAAGACCACCCUAUGGGACAGUGGGCAGCAAUGUCACCUUGAUGAUCCAAGGGUACUCAGGGAGCAUUUUCAGCUAUAAUUGGUUCAAAAAUACAACAGAGGUCUCCAACAGGAUCAUAACCUACACGGUUCCUGUUAAAGAGCAGAUGCCAGCAGAUAACAGGGAGAGGGGGUUCCCCAAUGGCUCCCUGCUCAUCCCUAACCUCACCCUCAAUGACACUGAAGUCUACAUUGUACAAAUUGUUAAUUCUGAAGGUAUGAUAGCCACAGAUGCAAAAGUGCAAUUCAGAGUGUAUGGUAAGUGCUGGCCUUCGGGGUUCUCACUCCCUUAGUCUACUCUCUGUGGAUGGAUCAUGUCCUGAAUUCUCCCUGAUCCCUGAAUAUGUACUUAGGGAAGGUCUCUCAUCCCAGACAGGUUUUUUCAGUCACUUCAUGGCCACACGCACCCCCCCAAGGUCAUGUAUCCGGCCCCCACCACACUUCCGGAAGGGGCACCUCCUUCAUUGGUGGUCAGUGAGAGGAGCACAGCCUGGUGUCACUCACAUACAGAACUACUUCCGGUGACAAUCCUGAAGCCUACAAAUACCUGGAAAUUGGUCAUAGAAACUCCCUGAGAGCUCAGAGGUCCUAGCCACAGGGACCCCAAGGACAUAACACAAAUGGGCUUCUCUACUCUUCCAGCUGGAUGCAUGGAAGACCUGGCUGCCAUUUCCUUGAAUGCUAGAAUGGUUUAGCUACCCUGUACCUAGAACCCCAAGGAACAUCUGGAAGUCCCGGUCAGGCUGGGCCAAGGUGGAUUGGGAACAACUCUGCCUCACAUUUGCCUAGGGAUCCUUUGAAAUUUUAACUUGACCUCUCCAUGAGAGGAUAGGCUAAGGGCAGAACCCCUUCGAGGCUCUUGCUUAGCUCUGGGAAAUCUGAGGGCAGGAGAGAGAAAGAAGGGUAUUGGAG